GCAGAGCAGGACUGCGUUCUAAACCUACGCUCCAAGUGCAAAUUUUCACCUUUUCGUUUCAAUUUUGACAUAAAAUGUAUGGAACUUAAGUCAAAAUUGAUAUUGGUUGCACCUGGAGUGUAGGUAUUCUAUUGCCCAGAACCAUGCCUGAAUUGAGCCCAGUUUCUUUCUUUAAUUUUUACACAAUUUUUACUUUUCAUCAAAUGUACUUACUUAAUUAUUAAUUUGUGAAAGGCAAAGUUUUACCUGUUUUUAAUAUAAGUCAUUGAAAAAAUAGUCAUACAAUGGCUGGAUUUGGAGACUACAAUUCUUACAACCGACCAUUUGGCCUGGAUCCAAACAGAGAAACUAAUGAUUUGUAUGAUACCCGAUAUCAACAAAUUUAUGGUUAUCACACACCACUUACUGAAGAAUACCAGGGACCGCCUCUUGUCAUGGAUGAUACACCGGAGGAUGAAAAUAAUACAUAUGUUACUACUGCUAUAAGCGUAGCAAGUUUGAUCACUGAGAACUUACUAAGCCAUCCAUUCAUUGUCCUCAGACGGCAGUGUCAGGUCCAUAAUAGUCUCAAAAAUCACCACAUAGUACCCUAUACUCUGCUCCCAGUUGUAGCAAGACUACACAGAAGGCAAGACAUUACAACUCUUUGGAAAGGAAUUGGCUCUACCUGCAUUGUAAAAGGUUUAAAUUUAGCUGUUGAGGAUGUAGUAGCUAAAGGCACAGGUUGGCCGAAGGAAAUAGAAAAAUGUGGUUCAGUAUUACAAUUUCUUCAACAUAUUACAUUGAAAUGUGUAAGCACAGCAAUAAUCACACCAUUUUACUCUGCAAGUUUGGUAGAAACAGUACAAAGUGAUAUUGCCAGUGAUAAACCAGCAUUAUUAGAUGUUUUCCGCGAAGGUUUUCUGCGCAUAUUAGAAUGGGGAACACCAAGUAGAGGCAGAAUGUUGCCAAUAUGGGCUAUUGUUAUUCCAACGGUAGGAUUAGGAGUGUCCAAGUAUCUAGCACAUGUCAUAUUGAGAAGUGUAACAGUCAAAAUCUUGAGGUUUCAACAACGAAACAAACACGAGUUAAGUGAUUCUUAUAAUAUGAAUUACCAAAGAAACUCUCAAAAUCCACUGAUUGACAACAUUAAUUUAAAAGCCAAUAUAUUUUCAUUCAUAACAAUGGAAAUAUUAUUUUAUCCACUUGAGACAAUAAUUCAUCGUCUACAUAUACAGGGGACACGGACUAUCAUUGAUAAUUUAGAUACAGGAACUUCAGUAACACCUAUCUUAACAGGGUAUGAAGGAUUUGUGGAUUGUUAUCACACAACAAUAGCGAAAGAAGGUGUUGCUGGCUUAUACAAAGGUUUUGGAGCACUUGUUUUGCAACUUGCAGCCCACCUAGCUAUUAUUAAAUUAACAACUCUUGUAGUUUCUGAAGUUUCUAAUCUCUUGAAACCAGCAAAAUCACCUACAAACUCCGAAGAUUCAGUACACUUGCAUCAAAAGUAUUUAUUUAACUAAAAAAAACUUAAUGGUUUUGACAGAUUAUCCAACUGUUGUGUUGGUUUUCUCUUAUUACUUUCAUUACUUGAUAUCCUUCAACUUAUACAUCCAGUCAAAAGUUAGGUACAAAGUAUUUUAUUACAUAUGAAAAGUACAUCCAAUUACAAAAUUUAAA